AUGGGAGUAACACAGGUGCAGACGGGGGAGAAGAGUACUCAGGUGCAGACGGGGGAGAGGUACACAGGUGCAGAGGUGGAGAGAGUUACACAGGUGCAGAGGAGGAGAGAGGUGUCAGGAGGAGAGAAGAGAGUCCACAGGUGCAGACGGAGAGAGAGUACACAGGUUGCAGACGGGGGAGAGAGUACACUGGCGCAGACGGGGGAGAGAGUGCAGGACGGGGGGAGAGAGUUACACAGGUGCAGACGGGGGAUGAAGGGGUACACAGGUGCGAGGAGGAGAGAGUACACAGGUGCAGACGGAGGAGAGGAGGUGUCAGGAGGAGAGAGGCCACAGGUGCAGACGGAGGAUGGCGGAGGUACACAGGUGCAGACGGGGGAGAGAGAUACAAAGGUGCAGACGGGGGGAGAGAGUACACAGGUGCAGUCGGGGAGGAGUACACAGGUGCCAGAGGAGGAGAGAGUACACAGGUGCAGACCGGAGGAGGAGAGGUGUUCAGGAGGAGAGAGUCCACAGGUGCAGACGGAAGGAGAGAGUACACAGUGCAGUACGGGGGAGAGAGAGCAGUACACAGGUGCUGGACGGGGGAGAGAGUACACAGGUGCAGACGGGGGAGCGAGAGUACUAGGUGCAGACGGAGGCAGAGAGUACCAGGUGCAGACGGAGGGAGGAGAGGGUGUUUCAGGAGGAGAGAGUCCACAGGUGCAACGGAAGGAGAGCGUACAGGUGCAGACCGGGGGGGAGAGAGUAACCAGCCGGAGGAGAGCGGUGUCAGCGAGGAGAGAGUCCACAGGUGCAGACGGAGGAGAGAGUUACAAGGUGCAGACGGGGGGAGAGAGUACACAGGUGCAAGAACGGGGGGGAGAGAGUACACAGGUGCUGACGGGGGAGGAGAGUACAACAGGUGCGACGGAGGAGAGGAGUAAACAGGUGCAGACGGUGGAGAGAGGUCCCGUCAGGAGGUGGCAGACGGGGGAGAGAGUUACAGGUGCAGCCGGGCGGGAGAGAGUACACAGGUGCAGACGGAGGAGAGAGUACAAGGUGCAGACGGAGGGAGAGGAGGUGUCAGGAGGAGAGGAGUCCACAGGUGCAGACGGAGGAGAGAGUACACAGGUGCAGAGGGGGAUGAGAGUUUCACAGGUGCAGACGGGGGACGAGGUACAAAGGUGCAGACGGGGGGAGAGAGUACACCAGGUGCAGACGGAGGAGAGGAGUAAGUACACAGGUGCAGCGGAGGAGGAGGAGGGUGUUCAGGAGGAGAGAGUAGAGAGUCCUACAGGUGCAGACGGAGGAGGAGAGUACACAGGUGCGAAGGGGGAGAGAGUACACAUGGUGCUGAGGGGGAGAGUGUUACACUGGUGCAGGACGGGGGAGAGUGUUCACAGGGCAGACGGAGGAGAGAGACACAGGUUGCAGACGGAUGGAGGAGAGGUGUCAGGAGGACGGAGAGUCACACAGGUGCAGACGAGGAGAGAAGUACACUGGUGCAGACGGGGGAGAGAAGAGAGUACACAGGUGCAGACGGGGGAGAGAGUACACACGGUGCAGACGGGGGAGAGAGUACCACAGGUGCAGACGGUGGAGAGAGUUACACAGGUGCAGACGGAGGAGAGAGGUGUAAGGCACGGAGAGAUAGAGUCCACAGGUGCAGACGGUGGAGAGAGUUUCACAGGUGCAGACGGGGGAGAGAGUACACGGUGCAGACGGGGGAGAGAGUACACUGGUGCAGACGGGGGAGAGAGUACCACAGGUGCAGACGGAGGAGAGAGUACACAGGUGCAGGACGGAGGAGAGAGGUGUCAGGAGGAGAGGUCCACAGGUGCAGACGGAGGAGAGGUACAAGGUGCGACGGGGGAGAGGAGGUACACAGGUGCAGACGGGGGAGAGAGUACACAGGUGCAGCUCGGGGGAGAGAGUACACAGGUGCUGACGGAGAGAGAGUACACAGGUGCAGACGGAGGAGAGAGGUGUGCAGUACGGGGGAGAGGUACACAGGUGCAGACGGGGGAGAGAGUUCACAGGUUGCAGACGGAGGAUGAGUGUUACACAGGUGCAGACGGUAGGAGAGAGGUUUUCAGGAGGAAGAGAGGUCCACAGGUGCAGACGGAGGAGAGAGUACAACAGGUGCAGAGGGGGGCGAGAGAGUACACAGGUGCAGACGGGGGAGAGAGUACACAGGUGCAGACGGGGGGAGAGAGUUCACAGGUGCAGACGGAGGAGAGAAUAACAGGUGCGACGGAGGAGAGAGGGUGUCAGGAGGAGAGCGUCACAGGUGCAGACGGAGGAGAGAGGUUACACAGACGGACGGAGACGGAGUACACAGGUGCGACGGAGGAGAGAACGGUGGUAGGAGGAGAGAGUCCACAGGUGCAGACGGAGGAUGAGAGUACACAGGUGCAGGACGGGGGCGAGAGAGUACACAGGUGCAGACGGGGGAGGGCGCGAGAUGAGUCACAGUGUGGCAGACGGGGGAGAAGCAGAGAGUACUAUCAGGUGCUGACCGGGAGGAGAGAGUUUACAAAGGUGCAGACGGAGGAGAGGAGGUGUAGGAGGAGAGAGUCCACAGGUGCAGACUGGAGGAAGGUUACACAAGGUGCAGACGGAGGAGAGGAGUUACAACAGGGUGCAGUCGGGAAGGAGAGAGGUUGUGUCAGGAGGAGAGAGUCCACAGGUGCAGCACGGUGGAGAGAGUACACAGGUGCAUGCCGGGGAGAGAGUACACAGGUGCAUGACGGGGGAGAGAGUACCACAGGUGCAGGAGGGGGAGAGAGUACACAGGUGCAGAAGGAAGGAGAGAUUACACAGGUGCAGCGGAGGAGAGAGGGUGUCCAGGAGGAGAGGAGUCCACAGGUGCAGACGGAGGAGAGAGUACACAGGUGCAGAGGGGAUUGGAGAGUACACAGGUGCCUGCAGGACGGGGGAGUGAGUACAAAGGUGCUACGGGGGAGAGAGUACACUGGUGCAGAGGAGGGAGAGUACAAGGUGCAGACGGAGGAGAGAGGUGUCUGGAGGAGAGGUCUCCACAGGUGCAGACGGUGGAGGAGAGAGUACCCAGGUGCAGACGGGGGAGAGAGUACAAAGGUGCAGUCGGGGGAGCAGAAGUACACAGGUGCAGGACGGGGGAGUGAGUACACAGGUGCAGACGGAGGAGGAGAGUACACAGGUGCAGACGGAUGGAGAGAGGUGCCCAGGAGGAGAAGUACGUCCACAGGUGCAGGCACGGGAGGAGAGAGUACACAGGUGCAGACGGGGGGAGAGAGUACUACAGGUGCAUCUCGGGGGAGAGAGAGAGACUACCACAGGUUGCCAGACGGGGGAGAGAGUACACAGGAGCAGACGGAGGAAGAGAGUACACAGGUGCAGCCGGAGGGGAGAGGUGUCAGGGAGAGCGAGGUCACAGGUGACGGACGGAGGCAGAGAGUGAGACGGAGGAGAGAGUACACAGGUGCAGACGGAGGCGUGAGGUGUCAGGAGGAGAGGAGUCCACAGGUGCAGACGGAGGAGGAGAGAGUUACACAGGUGCAGAGGGGGAGAGAGUACACAGGUGCAGACGGGGGAGAGGAGUACACAGGUGCAGACGGUCGGAGAGAGUACCACAGGUUGCAGACGACGGAGGAGAGUGUACCAGGUGCAGACGGAGCCGAUGAGUCGGUGUCAGGAGGAGAGUGUCCACAGGUGCAGACGGAGGAGAGAAGUACACAGGUGCAGACGGGGGGAGGAGAGUACAAGGUUGCAGACGGGGCGGGAGAGAGUAAACAGGGGCAGGAGGGGGAGAGAAGGAGAGAGUCCACAGGUGCAGACGGAGGAGAGAGUACACAGGUGCAGACGGGGGAGAGAGUUACCAAGGUGCGACGGGGGAGAGAGUACACAGGUGCAAGGACGGGGGGGGGGGAUGAGAGUACACAGGUGCAGACGGAGGAGAGAGUUACCACAGGUGCAGGGAGGAGAGAUGUUGUCAGGAGGAGAGAGUCCACAGGUGCAGACGGAGGAGAGAGUACACUGGUGCAGACGCGGGGGAGAGAGUUCACAGGUGCUGACGGGGGAGGGAGAGGGUACACCAGGUGCAGCACUGGGUGCAGAGAGAGUACACUGUGCAGACGGAGGAGAGAGUAUACACAGGUUGCAGCCGGAGGGAGAGAGAGGUUGUCAGGAGGAGGAGUAGUCCACACGGUGCUGACGGAGGAGGUGAGUAUCACAGGUGCAGCGGGGGAGAGAGUACACAGGUGCAGACGGUGGAGAGAGUACACAGGUGCAGGACGGGGGAGACGAGUAACAGGAUGCCGGCACGGAGGAGAGAGUACACAGGUUGAGACGGAAGGAGAGAGGUGUCAGGAGGAGAGCUGUCACCACAGGUGCAGACGGAAGGAGAGGGGGGGGGGCGGGGUACCACAGCGUGCAGUCGGGGGAGAGAGUACAGCUGGGCAGCGGGGGAGAGACCCCGGAGGAGAGAGUACACAGGUGACAGACGGAGGUGAGAGGUCUAGUCGGAGGAGAGAGUACACAGGUGCAGGACGGAGGAGAGAGUACACAGGUGCAGACGGUUGGGAGAGAGUACACAGGUUGCAGACGGGGGAGAGAGUUCACAGGUGCGACGGGGGAGUGAGUACACAGGUGCGGCACGGAGGAGCGAGUACACAGGUGCCGGACGAGGAGAGGAGGUGUCAGGAGGGAGAGACGUCCACAGGUGCAGACGGAGGAGAGAGUGACACAGGUGCAGACGGUGGAGAGAGUACACAGGUGGCAGACGGCAUGAGAGAGGUGUCAGGAGGUAGAGAGUCCACAGGUGCAGACGGUGGAGAGUGUACACAGGUGCAGAGGGGGGCGGGAGAGAGUUACCACAGCUGUGCAGACGGGGGUGAGAGUACACAGGUGAUGCGGGGGAGACAGUAA